UCGAGGGUUGGAAAAAAAUCAGUGAAAUUUGUAGGGAAACGAAAUGAUUUUGUAAGAUUUUUACUGGUGCGUUUGUGAUUUUUACGAGGACGAUCCAGUGAUGUUUGUAAGAUUUCUGUGACUGAGAGAUUUUGUAUUCAUUAAUCGGAAAAUUUGACGGUCUGUCGUCCUUGCGACUGGUUAUGGAAACGCGACGACGGCGACGGUACCAAAAGCGACAUCCACGGGGUGUGUGAAAUUUUCGGUUUCGGUUCAUUUCGUUCGUUGACUCUAUACUUUCUCAGGCGGGUUUUUAUCGUUAAUUCUGAGUCCUGAAAGGUGUUUGAUUAUGGUCCUUUGAAAUAGAAAGUGAAGAUUCGGUUACGAUAUGAAUUAGAAAGUGGAUUACAAAAUGUAGUGACGGUAGGAAAGGCAACCGCGAUACAUUCAGUGGGAGAUAGGACAUUUGUGGCCCGGGAAUCCUGAAUGGUUGCUAUGAGUGCGGCGACAGGUGAAGCAAAGACCAAGCGAAAAUACUCGUAUUAUGUGUCUAAGUAAAAUCCACGGACGGGGCGCGGAUUAGCGAUUUUUGAAUGUGAAAUGCAGCCUAGGGCGGCAUUAGGGCCACAAACAUCAUCGUCAUCAUCGUCCGGAAAGCAAGUCGUUGAAUUGAACGGUUAUGUAAUUAUCCUAGUAGAAAGUCGCGAUGGAAAAAUCAAAUUGUACGGUUCGCCGGCGGACAAGGAUAAUCUUGAAGUGGGAGAUGAGAUACUCGAUAUCAAUGAACGAAAACUGGAAGACCUGAAUCGGGCUGAAGUUAUACGACACAUACAUGAGUGUAUACAAUCAUGUAUGGUAAAACUUCGAGUUAAACGACGGAGUGAUUCGGUGCGAUUGGCUGGUGAGCUAACAAAUGCUGUUCAAGAUGCAUUCGUUAUUGCCGUUGAACAGCAGGCCCGUGAGCGUUUGCAAAGAUUGUCAGCGCUCAAACGGGUCACACCAGUUGAUAUGUCACAGCUCUCAAUAAAGCUCAAUCAACAGCUUCAAGCCAAGGGUGGUCCAACAACAACACACGACUUGAGCUUCCUCAAGGAAGCGUCACCAAUCUACGUAACCUCGCUUUCGAGCAAUCAAACCGGUGCACCAACAAUCACAGCCGGGUCAGCAUCAAGUGCAACAGGAACUUCUCUCUCAGCCUCUGCAUCAGCAUCGGCAACGAUAGCUGCUAGUAUUCUAUCUACAGGACCAUCUGCAACAACUAUCACUACUUCUUCCACUACUUCCACCACAUCAGUUGCUUCGUCCAGCAAUACCAGCGUCAAUACCACUAGUAUUGCGAGCGUCCAUCAGUCCUGCAUCAACCCGCAGUUGAACGCAAGCGUUUCGUCGCUUCCUGCAACGACAGCAGGAAGUGCAGGAGCAGCUGGGAAACCUAUUCUCACAGGGACAUCUUCAGCGCCUUCCUAUUACAUCAAUAGUAAAUCCAUUCCAAAUCAGUAUCACACCACCACUGCCGUGGUAUCUACUUCAUCACUAUCUUCAGCCGUAUCCUUAGCGAACAACAGCAACCUAGACGUCAGCAAGUCUGCAGCAACUGUUGAUGAGGGCGUCCAGUAUAGUCAAAGAGGUAGCAAUAUAAUUCCACCGAACAUAGUAACAGUCACUGGCCAGUCGACCACUACCAUAACAGGUCUCCCAUCCGUGGCAGUUCAGAACCUGCCGGGCGGGGAAGUACCCAAGCUUCAUCAACCACAAUAUCAACAACAAUCAAAGGCAGCGGCGCCAUCAAACAGUGGCGCACCGAAUUUCCUUAGCAGUAAUUCUAGUUCGAAUUUAAUUAGUGGCGGUCACAUAUGUGCAAAUAACAUAAAUUACAAACCACAACAGUUCCAGCAGCAAAAGGGCAUCAGUGGCGGUACCCAAGUGUGUAGUAAUUGUAAUAGUAGUACAAUAGGUGCAUCGUCAUUGGCGGUACCAGCGUCAACUAUUAGUGUGGCUGUUCAGGUGGUAGGCGUCGGCGUAACAACCACCCAACCCCAGGCUCAAACGGCAACAGUUCCAUCGUUGGCACCGUCGACAACAACAAAUAUUAGUGUGAAUAAUAAUGUUAAUAAUUUAAAUUUAAACACGAUAUCGAGUACGACUAAUAACAAUUUGGUGAAUAUUAAUAAUAAUGCCGCUGCAGCUGCAGCCGCCGGCGCAACCGCGAAUAAUAGUUUGUUAAUAAAUAAUAAUUUAUGUAAUAACAAUAAUAGCAAUAAUAUUAGUAAUUGUGGUGCUGGUAACACUUUAAAUAAUUUUAGUACGUAUAGCAGUAGUGGUGGUAAUUUAACUGCAACUACUAUAAAAAAUAAUUGUGAUUUACUAUUAGCUAAUGGUCAUCCGCCGAUACGUGAGUUAUCUACACUCUCGGAAGGUGAUAGUGAACCGACUGAGGACAACACUUCUUCACUAAACGAUCGUCAUCUCCAGCAACAGCAGCAGCUGAGUAAUAGUGGUAAUAGCAUAUCAAAAGGUCGAACCGAAUUACUAUUAGGAGACCAGUCAUUACGGCAAGAUUCCAGGCCUCGGCGUCGUUCGGGCUCGAGCAUAGUCGUCUUAGAUGGUGAAGAUCUAAAGCCCUGUCUAACUGAUGACUAUAUCAGUGGCAGUCACAUACAUUAUCAGCCUUCAGAUAGUAAAGAUAUAGACAGGGACAUGUUGACAAUGCUUUCGGUUAAUCAAGAUAACGGUCCACAUCGUGAGAUGGCAGUCGAUGUUCCUGAUACAUUUAUAGCAAGAAAUAAAACCCCACCGCGGUAUCCACCGCCUCGUCCACCUGUCCAGAUUGUUAAGGAAGUCGUGAAGACGACUCGCUCCCUGUCGUCGCAUGGGUCGUUUGAGAAGCAAAGAGCGCAGGGUCAAGUGGCUAUUAAGCGAAAUGAUGAGCUUAAUGGAUCUGUUAAGCCUGUGCCACCGCCUCGCGAUCAUUUGCGUAUGGAGAAGGAUGGACGCAUGGUGAAUCGAGCACCAGCCCCUCAAGUUCCAGAUCGCAAAUUACCAUCAUCAGUAACGAGUACUCCGAAUCAUAAUCAAAAUCAUCAAAUAGCGCAAAUUGUUGAACCGACUGUUGAACAAUUGGAUAGUAUUAAAAAGUAUCAGCAACAAUUACGGCGCCGUCGCGAAGAAGAGGAACGAAUAGCACAGCAAAAUGAAUUCCUACGUGCCAGCUUGCGCGGUUCCCGAAAGUUGCAGGCAUUACAGGAUGGACCAAUUCCACAGACACAACAGGCUCUGGAACGUGUGUCAACUGGAGUUGAUAAUGAUGCAUAUAUUGAUGACGAGGAAGCAGAGAAGAUUAUUGGCUACAGCGAAUUGGUGGCCGCUCUGCAACGUCUUCAAUCACAGCUUAAUAAAAAUGGCAUGGCAUCACUCGCUGGUCGAGUUACAGCUGCCCAAAAUCUACUACUUGGCCCGGGAAUGGCUCAUGCGUUGGCUGUCCGAAGUGAGGUUCUGCAACGACGUCGACCUCGGAUACCCAAUCCCAUCUGUUCGAAUGCUCAACACUUAUCCAAAGAUGUUAUCGAACUUUUGGCUCAAUCCAAUUCAGCAGCCGCCAUAGAAUUAGGAGAUCUCCUCACGAGUCACGAAAUGGAAGGAUUGCUUCAGGCACACGAUCGGAUAGCUUCACUCACAGACAGGACGCCUGCUGUGAUUGGAAGCCAUUCCGCAACAUCGACCAUGAGUAGCCAAAGACUGCAACAUCAGAAUUCACAUCUUAUGAAUAAUAACAUACUGAAGCGACCGGCGGAGGCUCAGUUGAGUAACCAGUUUGGGGUGAUCAAUGAUGGUUCACAGGAUCAGAUUCGAAUCAUUCAAAUUGAAAAGUCAUCUGAACCCCUUGGAGCAACCGUUCGAAAUGAAGGCGAAGCUGUGGUUAUUGGACGAAUUGUGAGGGGUGGAGCUGCUGAAAAGUCUGGACUUCUGCAUGAAGGCGAUGAGAUCCUAGAAGUCAACGGUAUUGAAAUGAGUGGAAAAUCUGUAAACGAUGUUUGUGCUCUGCUAGGUGCCAUGUCCGGUACUUUGACCUUCCUGAUAAAACCAGCUGGUACACCUCCACCUGGAGGCGGCCGUGAUUCUGCAAUCCUCCACGUUCGAGCCCACUUCGAUUAUGAUCCCGAAGAUGAUUUGUAUAUACCGUGUAGAGAGUUGGGCAUAAGCUUCCAAAAGGGUGAUGUUUUGCAUGUCAUAUCGCGAGAGGAUCCCAAUUGGUGGCAAGCAUAUCGAGAGGGCGAAGAAGAUCAAACUUUAGCUGGACUGAUACCUAGUCAAUCGUUUCAACAUCAAAGGGAGACGAUGAAAUUGGCCAUUGCCGAGGAAGCUGGACUUGCACGGAGUCGUGGAAAGGAGAGUAGUAAGGGUGCCACUUUAUUAUGUGCACGAAAGACGAGGAAAAAGAAGAAGAAGGCCAGUUCGGAGGCCGGUUACCCUCUGUACGCCACAACCGCCCCCGAUGAGACGGAACCAGAGGAAAUACUCACAUAUGAGGAGGUAGCCUUGUAUUAUCCGCGUGCCACACAUAAGAGACCUAUCGUUCUGAUAGGACCACCGAACAUUGGACGUCAUGAAUUGCGGCAAAGGCUUAUGGCGGAUUCUGAUCGGUUUGCAGCAGCUGUUCCCCACACAUCACGAGCCCGACGAGACGGCGAAGUACCUGGCCAAGAUUAUCACUUCAUCACACGAGCCCAGUUUGAGUCUGAUAUCUUGGCAAGGAAAUUUGUCGAGCAUGGCGAAUAUGAAAAGGCAUAUUAUGGUACAUCACUUGAAGCAAUACGAACUGUAGUAGCGAGCGGAAAAAUUUGUGUAUUAAAUUUGCACCCACAAAGUCUAAAACUGUUAAGAGCUUCCGAUUUAAAACCAUACGUAGUUUUAGUUGCACCACCAAGUUUAGAAAAAUUGAGGCAGAAGAAGCUGAGAAAUGGUGAACCAUUCAAGGAGGAGGAGCUAAAAGAAAUCAUUGCAACCGCCCGUGAUAUGGAGGCCCGUUGGGGACAUUUAUUCGAUAUGAUAAUAAUAAAUAACGACACCGAACGUGCGUACCAUCAACUUCUGGCCGAGAUCAAUUCACUCGAACGUGAACCGCAAUGGGUGCCAGCCAGUUGGGUACAUAAUACCCGAGAUGAGUCAUAAUUUUACUAAUUUUUUUAAUGAAAAAAUCAAGACAAAUUACCAAAAAUCAGUAAAAUCACAAAACGAGAAUAGAACGAAUACGUUGAAAUUUUAAGAUUGGAUUAUGUAGGUAUUUGUAUCCAAGUCAUAAAUAUACACAUGCAUAAGUGGAACCCCUCGUAUAAUCAAAAUUACUUAACUCCCCGGAAGAGGAUGAAAGACAGAAAAAGUAUUUAUGGAGGAAAAGGAAGGAGCAGCCAACACAUAUAUAGAAUAUUAUAGAUAAAAACUUACGUACUAAAAUAGAUUCAACACAAACAAGGACAGAAAGUAAAACCCGUUUAUGACUAAACAUUAAUUUUUAGCAGAGAAACCUAGCGUUGAAAGGAAUAUAUAAGAAAUGUUAUUAUUAAAUAUGAAAGAAAUUAGUUUUUAUUGUAAAUAUGAAGAAGAAAAUGAAACUAUAUAAAUAAAUAUUAUUGUACGGGACAAGCUGGAGGAGCAAACUAAGAACCGAUUCCAUUCCAAAACUUAGAUUUGAACACAGUUAACCUGAGGAGGAGACAAACAUACAUACACACACAUUAUACAGAGAUCUAGAACGGAAUUAAUGAAAUUAAUAUUAUUAAAAAGAAUAUAUGCAUACAUACAUAGAGACAAAGACAAAACCCUAUUAUUAUUCUAUUGAUAAUAAAACCGACUUUAAAGAAAUAAAUGAAUGGAACGAGCGGGUGUGCGAAGUAUCUAGACAAGUGAACUAAUAGGAAAUGAAGAAUGGAGACAAAAUUAAUAAAGAUAGCAUUGUUUCGAACCUUAGGAGCGUAAUCGAAUGAGAAAUAGACAAACCCGAAGUUAAAAAGACGAAAAAAAACAUUCACAUAAUGAAAAAUGAAACCAUACAUUAUACAUAUUAUUUUUUGUUUGGUGUAACUAGGAAUUUCGAAGAAAAAAGUAAGAAUGAAAUAAAAUGUAAAU